AGCUCCAGCAACCACUGACAAUAUCUUCGAUGCGUUAUCUUUGUGGACAUGGCCAAUGAUUCGAAUCCAGUGUCUUUUGCAUGGGUAGAGUAUGAUCCUAGGGCGUUGAAGGAGCGCCGGGAGCUCGGCGUCUACAAUCAACAGCGACGAGUCGUGCGAGCUCAUGUCGCCCAUACAUCUUCUGGGGCGAGGAAAGCGACUAUUGCUCGGAAAGAAUCAAUUGCGAAAACCCAAGGAAGCAGGAAAUCUUCCAAGUCUGGAAAGUCGUCCAAGAAGCAGGAUAAACCAGUCGAAGAUUUUAUCACACUGCUUUUUGUAAGAUUGCGAUCUCGCGAUGCAUCGGCUGUUGCCUCCAUGGCACAGAAGUCUGAUCGGACCCUACUCUGGAAUGCUUUCACCGGCGGAAACACAUGCUUUGAGGCUGCAUUGUUUGUUGCAGGAACUUUUGCAAAUACCUGCGGUAUCUCUCGACAUGAACUGCAUACGGGAUUCGGAAGUGGUCUUCUCUUUCUCCGUGGUGCCUCGCUCGACGGCAUUCAAAAGACAAUCAUCCACACGCCAAAAGACAGUUUGAACUCAAUCUCCAUCGCGCUGCUGGCUGGAUGGGAGCGCAGGUUUGGAGACGAGCAAUCUUACGCGGUACACUUGCAAGCGUGGAAAUCACUACCUCUUGCGACUGGUUCUUUGGAGGACAGCAGUAUCGCAGCAUUGACGGAUGUUGCAUUGAUCUGCUUCCAGGAAGCUAACCAGGAGCGAUACAUUGCUGAAUCAGUCUUCUCAGCUGCGCGGUCACUAGUCUAUGGAACAGUACUGCCACAAGGUCUUCCGCCUGGAUUCCACGUCAUUCCCGCGGAACGCCCAGAGGCGCUUAGUCUGCUCGGCAUCGUAGCUAAAUUGACGGCGUUCGACUGGACGGCGCCCAAAUCUGUCGAGACAGUCCGCAGACUUAUCCUGGAGACAGUAUCAUGGAGCGCUAGCCAUUCGAUCGGGACAGAACCAGUAGAGGCGUACGAGGAACUAUGGGAUCAGACAGACCUCCUCGCCCUUUAUCACAUCCGAUCUGCCAUGGUCUCCAUCAACGCACCCAUGAUACGAGCAGCGAUACAGGCACACAACAUAGUAUGGGCUUUUGAUGAACAAACGGGCAUUGACAUUCACGCCGAAGCAUGCCGACACCUGCGGAGCCACGAAUUGAUGGGCACAAAGUAUCAAGAGGUAGCGAUCUGGGCCAAGAUGGCAAUGAUUGGACUCGCAUCACCUUCUGCUGAUGGUGAUCGGCAUAUGAGUGGAUUGAUGAAGUACUCAGGUAUUGGAACAUGGGAGCAGAUGGAGGCUCUGUUAAGAAGACAUGUCUCCAAGGAGGAGUUGACAUGGAAAAAGUACCGCAGUCUUUUUGACCGACUUGUAUAUUAGCGACAGCACAGAGCAUAUAACGACAGAACACGAAUACAGAUGAAGUUAGAAG